AUGAAUAUCGUAGAAUGGGCGUUUGGAAAGCGCAUGACGCCUGCAGAGCGUCUGCGUAAACACCAACGGGCUUUAGAACGGACCCAGCGAGAACUUGACCGAGAGCGAGUCAAGUUGGAGAACCAAGAGAAGAAACUGGUUCAAGACAUCAAAAAGAGCGCCAAGAAUGGACAAAUCGGCGCAUGCAAAAUCCAAGCGAAGGAUCUCGUGAGGACUAGGAGAUAUAUUCAGAAAUUCUAUUCGAUGCGGACGCAACUACAAGCUAUAUCUCUGAGGAUCCAGACCGUCCGAAGUAAUGAGCAAAUGAUGCAGUCGAUGAAGGGCGCCACCUCGCUUUUAGGCAGCAUGAAUCGGCAGAUGAACCUCCCCGCGUUACAGCGAAUAGUUAUGGAAUUCGAACGCGAGAACGAAAUUAUGGAUGAGCGCCAGGAGAUGAUGGACGAUGCCAUUGACGAAGCUACGGGCCUCGAAGACGAGGAAGAAGGAGAAGACAUUGUGAAGGAAGUGCUCGACGAGAUCGGAGUAGAUCUCGGGCAGUCGCUGGGAGAAACGCCCGUGGACAUUGCCAAAGAAAAGGCAGACGAGACCAGAGUGGCCCAGGCAAUUGGCGGUGGCUCCGGCGACGACGAUGAUCUUCAAGCACGCCUGGACAGCCUGCGGAGAUGA